UCCCCGUUUGAUGACAGCUGUGCGCUGUGGCUGUUGCUAAAGGGAGGAGAAAAUCUCACGACGGAGGGCUUUUUAUCUCUUUCAUUCGCAGCUAGGACCUUUGGAGGACUGAAACGAGAACUUAACUGUAAAACCCACCCAUACCAGUCGCGACUGAAUUCAGUACUUCACACCCAGCCGUCAAAUUAGUCGCGCCGUGGCUGAGCUGAACGAUGGUGAAGCCAGACAUUCACACUCUGGCCCACCACCUGAAGCAGGAACGGCUGUACGUGACGUCAGAGAAGCAGCUCAUCCAGCGGCUUAACAACGAAGUGCUCAAGACCGCAGAGAGGCUCUACCGUGCAGCAUGGAUCGCCAAACAGCAAAGGAUCAACCUUGACCGCCUCAUCCUCACCAGUGCGGAGGCCUCUCCUGCGGAAUGCUGUCAGCAUGCCAAUGUUCUGGAGGACACACAGUUUGUGGAUGGUUAUAAAACACUGGGCUUUCAGGAGAGCAUCUAUGGGGAGUUCUUGGGCCGCUUCAGGGAGAACCCACGAUUGGUGGCAUCUUGUCUGGUGGCAGGUGAAAGACUCAGUCAUGAACACACGCAGGGGGUCAUACACACAGUCUUCACCUCCCUCUAUGGCAACUGCAUCAUGCAAGAGGAUGAAUGCUACCUGCUGCAGGUGCUACGUUAUUUGGUGGAAUUUGAGCUGAAGGAAAGUGACAACCCUCGUCGUCUGUUACGGCGAGGCACGUGUGCCUUCAGCAUCCUCUUCAAACUCUUCUCUGAGGGCCUGUAUUCAGCUAAGCUUUUCCUCACUGCAACCCUCCACGAGCCCAUCAUGCAAUUGCUGGUGGAGGACGAGGACCAUCUAGAGACAGAUCCAGGCAAACUGAUAGAGCGCUUUACCCCGGCCCAGCAGCAGCGUCUGUUUGGGGAGAAAGGCACCGAUGAGUACCGCAGGAAAGUUCAGGCAGCAGUGGAGGCCAACGAGGCCAAGCUGGUAGCCCUGGUCAAUACCUUUAUUGGCUACCUGAAGCAGAACACCUAUUGCUUCCCACAGAGCCUGCACUGGAUUGUGUCUCAAAUGUAUAAGACGCUGGCACGGGUGGAGAGGUUAGAGGUCGGGGAGGUGAGGACGAUGUGCACCGACUUGCUGCUCACCUGCUUCAUCUGUCCAGCCAUCGUCAACCCUGAACAGUACGGCAUCAUCUCAGAUGCACCCAUCAAUGAGGUGGCACGUUUCAACCUCAUGCAGGUGGGGCAGUUGUUGCAGCAGUUAGCCAUGUCUGAUGCAGAUGAUGGAGAUCCUCGACGUAAAAGCAGCUUAUCCAAGUUUGAUAAGACGUGUGUUGCUGCCUUUUUGGAUGUCGUCAUCGGUGGAAGAGCUGUCGAGACUCCACCUAUGUCAUCAAUGAAUUUACUGGAGGGCCUCACACGGACGGUGUUUUACAUGACUCACAAUCAACUUUUAGCUCUGGUGGACUUUGUGCGUAGUGUCACUGCAGGAGAUCAGCUCAGAGAAGAAGACCACCUGGCUCUGGAAACUCUACUAGCCAAUGUACCUCAGUCCCGCACGACAAAGAGCAACAGCCUGGAGCUCACGCCCUUUAACACACCCCAGCUCUCCCCAGCUACCACACCCGCCAACAAGAAGAACAGACUCCCUAUUGCAGGCUCUCGCAGCCGAAGCCGAAGCCGAUCUAACAUGGCUCAGGAGGGUGAGACUGAAGCCAGCUCCCAGGAGUCUCUGCAGGAGGUCACACCUGAGGAAGUGCUAGUCAUCUCGCUGGGAACCUCACUGCAGACCGUACCUGGGAUGAUGUCUGAAAACGAGGUUCUGACUCUGCAUCUUGGAGACGGUGGACAAGGAGAUGCCCCUGUUGAUGACACCAAACUGCACGGCAAACCUGACAAAACGCUGCGCUUCUCACUCUGCAGUGACAACCUGGAGGGCAUUUCUGAGGGGCCGUCUAACCGCUCCAAUUCAGUUUCUUCUUUGGACUUGGAGGUGGAGUCUGUGUCAGAAGGAGGACCAGGGCCGUCUGGAAGCAAUGGUGCAGAGGCCUUGCAGCUACUGGAACAUGAACAAGCCACUACACAGGAUAAUUUGGACGAUAAGCUGCGUAAGUUUGAGAUUCGGGACAUGAUGGGACUGACAGAUGACAGGGACAUUUCUGAGACGGUCAGUGAGACUUGGAGCACUGAUGUCCUGGGCAGUGACUUUGAUCCCAACAUGGAUGAGGACCGACUGCAGGAGAUAGCAGGGGCUGCGGCGGAGAACGCCUUGGGCAGCUUGCUGUGUCUGCCGGUGCUGCUGGACCCGUACGGUUCUACCAUCUCUGAGACGACGAGCGAGGCGUGGAGCGUGGAGGUUCUGCCGAGUGACUCAGAAGCUGCAGACCUGAAGCAGGAGGAACGAUUGCAGGAGCUGGAGAGCUGCUCGGCUGUGGGUAGUACUUCAGACGACACCGAGGUCAGAGAGGUCAGCUCCCGACCCAGCACCCCGGGGCUCAGUGUUGUUUCAGGCAUCAGUGCCACGUCAGAGGACAUCCCCAAUAAGAUUGAAGACCUACGCUCAGAGUGCAGCUCAGAUUUUGGAGGCAAAGACUCCGUGACCAGUCCAGAUGGAGAGGACUCUGCUCAUGGAGCUCACAGUCUAUCCUGUGCACCCUCUCAAGCAGAUUCACUGCUGGCCAUGUUCGAUCCCCUCUCCUCUGGAGAAGAUUCGUCCACUGGCACCAUCGUGCGACCCAAGGUACACUAUCCCCGGCCCCCUCACCCUCCUCCUGACCCCCCCAUUCCAGAGGCCAGCAUAAUGGGCCACCAGGAGCCUCGUCCACCCCUCUUCGCCCCCCACCUGGCGCAGAGUGACCUGGAGCAUCCCAAGCAGAGGCACUCUUACCCUGAAAGGCUGGUCAGGAGCCGCAGCACAGAUGUGGUGUCCGCUGGCCGCAGACCCAACAGUGAUCCCGGACUGAACCGCAAGACCAUGAUGGAGGAGAGAGAACCGGCUGGGACUUAUUCCACAGGACCCACCUCCUCUCCCAGCAAGGAUUCACUCAAAGGAGAGUCUGAGGACAGAAAGGACAGCGAUGAUGAGAAGUCUGAUAGGAACAGACCCUGGUGGAAGAAGCGCUUUGUUCCUGCCAUUCCUAAAGUGCUCUAUUGGACUGCAGAGGGUGAACUCCCAGUGCCGAUCGGGGGGCUGCGAAAGCGAGACAAGCCGGAAAAAGACGAGCAAGGAGCAGAGAGGGUACCACAAGGUAUACCAGAUGAGCCUUCAGCAUUCAGGCAGAGCUCUAAGACCCAGUCAGCAGAGGCAAUAAUGGACAAGUACAAGUACAUCAUGGAGAAACGACCCACCCACAGUGAUGGGGCAGUUUCUGGAACUUAUGUUGGACAAGAGCCUUGUAGAGAAGGGGACAGUGAGCAUGACUCCCCUAAAGAUGAAGCCCUGCAGAACAUCUCUGCAGAUGACCUUCCAGACUCUGCCAGUCAGACAGCGCCACCUCAGGACAAGACAUUCUCCUUCAGUGAUAUUAAGAAAAAGCUACGCCUGGCACUGUGCUCUGCAGAUUCGGUUGUAUUUCCCAUCAUUCCACCAGCAACAACACGUAACGGUCUCCCAGACCAUGCAGAUCCUGAAGACAACGAGAUCGUGUGCUUUCUGAAGGUGCAGCUGGCGGAGGCCAUUAACCUGCAGGAUAAGAACCAGAUGGCUCAGAUCCAGGAGACUACGCGCUGCGUCAGCCACCUCGACCCCCGCACCUGCAGAAAACUGCUUACUGCCAUGGCAGAGGACUACAGGAAACGGGCUCCGUACAUCGCCUAUCUGACACGGUGCAGGCAAGGCUUGCAGACGUCUCAGGCUCAUCUGGAGCGACUCCUGCAGAGAGUGUUGAGAGAUAAAGAAGUGGCCAACCGCUACUUUACCACUGUCUGUGUCCGACUGCUCCUGGAACACAUGGAGUCAAAGAUGCUUGACUUCAUCAAAGCAUUUCAGGGCUGCACAGCAGCUGACGAUAAGACAGCAGCCGUGGAGGAUUUCCUGCGUUACCUGUAUGGAGCCAUGGCCCACGAUGCCAUCUGGCAGUAUGCCAGUGAAGAGCAGCUCCAGGACGCCCAGAUGGCCAUCGAACGCAGCGUCAUGAACCGCAUCUUCAAACUGGCAUUCUACCCCAAUCAGGAUGGGGACAUCCACAGAGACGAGCUAUUCCAGGAGCACAUUCAGCGUCUGUCCAAAGUGGUGACGGCCAAUCACAAAGCCCUGCAGAUCCCAGAGGUGUAUCUGAAGGAGGCACCGUGGCCCUCAGCGCAGGCUGAGAUCAGGACCAUCAACGCCUAUAAGACCCCACGAGAUAAAGUACAGUGCAUCCUGCGCAUGUGCUCCACAAUUAUGAACCUGCUCAGCCUGGCCAAUGAGGACGCUGUACCCGGGGCGGACGACUUUGUCCCUGUGCUCGUCUUUGUCCUGAUUAAAGCAAACCCACCCUGCCUUCUGUCCACCAUUCAGUACAUCAAUAAUUUCUACGCCAGCAGGCUGAGCGGGGAGGAGUGCUAUUGGUGGAUGCAGUUCACUGCCGCCGUGGAAUUCAUUAAAACCAUCGACGAUCGCAAGUGAAGCAGAACAGCCACCUGUAUGGGCAGACUGUAGGAAGGAGAGCGAGAGAGAGAGAGGACAGCGCGGACAACUCUCACCUUCAUCGAGAACGUCUGUAUAGGUGUACAUAGAGGCAAAAACACUUCAAGUUUAAAUUAGAUCACACAUUAGAUAUGAUCAUGACAGGUUUUACUACGCUGGGGUGUUAAAGGAAUAAAAACAAAUAAUGCGGCAGGUGGCGACAUUACCACUCUCUACUGAUCUCACUUAUAACUCAUGUCUUUUUCUGUAGUACUGGGGAGGUGCUGGGGCUUAGAAUCAAAUUUUAUAUUAAACACAGAUUUAGCAAGUAAUUAACUCUGUUAAAACAUACCUAUCGAAUGAAAAAGGGACCAGGAACUACCUGCAACGAUCAUGUGUCGGGAAGCUUCAGAGGGGAAUCCAUGAUUCUGUCCUCCUUGUAUAAACUGCAAUCUCACCCCGUUCAAAUCUAACAGUCACACAUCGAGUCAUAUCGAAGAACGCAUCACUAUAGAUGCUGCCAGUGUAUCAAUGUUACAGUUUAUCAAAUUAAUCAUGCCAUUAUUUUAAUAGGGCAGCUUGUUCUAUGAAUGUAAACAGGUGUUGUCAUUAUUGUACAUUGAUUCUUUCCUACGUUUCCCAGACAAUUUGAAAAUAAGGGCCCACAUAUUUAUAUAAAAUAAAAUGUAUUUAUUACUUAACUCCUGCAUUUAAUGUUUUAUUAUAUUUACUGACUUGUUGUGAAUUAGUUGUCGGGCAGAUGCGCACGGUUUGGUUGAGGAAACAAGUUCUAGAAAUAUUCAAUGCUAAAACAGGGUGUCUUCACAUUAGCGGAUAGAGUUGUGAAUUAGUGCCUUGCUGAUAUUUGCAGUAACACUUGUUCUUUUAGUUUUGGUGGAUUUUCUGCCACAUCUCGCAGUUCUUGCGAAGUCGGAUGUGUCAAAGUCAAGCCUGGCUAAACGCCACUAUGCUAUUAAUAACAAACCUGAAAUAAAAAGUACAACAUGCCAAGUAGAAACACCCUAAAUUUGGACAGUCAGUAUGAGGAUUGUUAUUUGUGUUGAAUAGAUGGAAAAUGGACUGCUGGGUCUUACACGAGAGUUAUUGCUGUCGUCCCCAGAAAAUAUUUUUAUUUAGUUUGCUACUGACCCUUUACUUGUGUUGAAAUUCCAUGUAUUUUUUCAGAGUUCUUACUUUUGCAGGAUUAAAUCAUUGUUAUUUUUAUAAUGCAAUUCCCAAGUAAAACUAUGAGUUAGGAGGAAUAUUUUUGUGUAAUUUGAGGUUCACGCAGAAAAAAAGUGUAGGAUGUACCCUCAAAGAGACAACUUAUUUACCCCUAAAUGGUUCAAAGUAGUACCUUAAGUACGAACACGCACCUUUUAGGGGUAAAUAAGGUGUGCAUUCCAGUGACAAGCUGGUACAAUUUUUGCAUAUUUUUUCUGACAGUGUGUUGUUUGAGUUUAGAUAGCAAGGAACAUUUUAACACUGUGGCAUUAUCAAUGCUAGUGUAUUGAUGUUGCGGAGAAUAUAUGUAUUGAUACAGGCUACCUCGUGUCAUAACUCCCUAACAGCUAGCACAUAUUCUUCAGAACAGUUUUUGCUGUUGAUAUCAGUAUAUUAUUUAAACAGGAAUAUAAAAUAUCAUGCUCUGUGUGUUAUCGUUAAAUUAUCUUUAUUAGAUCAGAACAUCCCACUAACCUUUGCACACCAGUAGAACUAGGGCAAAAGAAAUGUAUCCUUAAUAUUUUACGUGGUUGUCAGAGUUUCCCGCUUCAAAUCUGUCUUUUAAUGUUACUGCUAAACAUCUAAAAGCAAACGCUGGGGGCUGGGUGUUGGUCCUAAAUAUAGUAGAUGCACUUAGAACAAUUAGUUCUACCUCCGACUAUGUACAUAAAGGGAUGAAUAAAAUGUAAUGCAUUCUUUUCCUCUAGCUUUUGUAGCCUUUAGAGCUCUGUAUAUACUUUUCUUUCUGAUUUGAAUGGUGCAUGAACUCUAUAUCGCCGGUUGCUACCAUGUAUCUCUCUCUUGCACAAAGUGUAAUACGAAGAGCAUCAGCUACAAGACUCACUUCGCAGUGCACUUUGGAACAACAUUGAUAUUCUGUAUAUUAUAGCAUUUAUAUUCUAUAUAAAUGUUAUAACAGAAUAUCUUUGUUUUUAUUUGUUCCCUUUUAAGUGGUUAAGUUGUAAUGUGAUAUAAAACUGAAUCGCCUUUUCAACAUUUUCUGUAACGUGGAAUCGGGUGUUGUUGAUUAAACAUCUCAAUAUCUUGAAUGGUUCAGGCUAUCAGACUAUUUUGGUGCUCUGUUUGUUUGCAGCGGUUGAUUUUAUUUAUUUUUUUCCCCCUACAGCAGCAGUGUUGCAUUUGGUGGCAUCUGCAUCUUGGUGAAAGUAGUUGCCAAAGGAAUCAAAGACUGUAUUUUCAUGACAUUCUUAUACUGACGUUUUUGUGUACAAAGCCUGUCCUAACUAAAACUGUCCUAACUGCACCUUGAGGGUUAUGUAACCUGUGGCAAAUAUUUGAAGAGGACUUGUUUCUUUUGUCUUUUUUUUUCCACCCUCAUGGUUUGCUUGAGAUUGAAAGGCUGGUGUUUUUGUUGUAACUGGAAGAAAUAAAAGGUGACGGUCUCAAUGUUCAAAUAUUCUAACCUAAGACUAAUUGCAUAAUCUUUGUGAUUUCCAAUAGGGCCUUUUUUAAUUAAAGCAGUGAGAGCGUUUGAAUAAAUACACUACUAUUCAUCUGUUCACUGUUGUAGCAGAAGCGACUCCAGCGAUGAUUUCUGGUGUAAACAGGGUUUUGGGGUACUGAACUGAACUGGCUAUGUUGACGGAGCAAGGCAUUGUACUCGAUCUGUAUUUAAGAGCUUUAUAAUCCCUAGCGUACAAUGUUGGUCCACUGUUUGGAAGAGCAUGCUAAGAGAAUUAUGGGUAAUGCUUGCAUUUGUAAGCUUACUCACUUGGGCUCCUGUUGGGAAGGCAUUCUGUGUGUUAUGUGAUUUUAAUAUAAAUCUGUACAUAAUUCUUA